AAUAGUAGUCUUCAUUCCAAGCUUCAAAAUCGAUUCAGAAUAACAAUUCUGAUACACAUUUGGGUAGCCAAAUUAUGACCACCAACAACUGGAGUAAGUGGUUUGUGGGGGAUUUUACAAGUGAUCCCCAGACCAGACCCAAAUUGCUACCGGGCUUUGACCGGUUAGAUGACAGACUAAGGGCGGUGCUCCUGGAGCAGGACUUGCAAACGAAUUUGCUCAAGCGAAAACAGGCGGGUGGCGGCCAAAAGCAGAGGAAGCGCCAGAAACCGAAGAGGGUCGUGAAACAAGCCCCCCGGGUAUGUGACUUUCAGGAAGUAUACGCCGAGAAACGCAAGGAGCUUAAGCGUUUGGCCAGAAGCCAAAGGAAUGAGUUCCAUUUCCGGAGUACUCCUGUGCCCAACUUCGAACGAUCCCAUCAGCGUUUGGAGAGGCGCAAGAUAUACCUGAACUCCCUGCAAAAGGUGACGAAGCCUCGAUGUCCCGGCACUUUGGCCACUUCGAUGGAGGCGCUCCAGAAACGCAACAAAGAGCAAGGGCAGCGACAUAAGGUCUCCGGCUUCACACCCAGGAUUAAUCCGGGGUCUUCCAUGGACUACCUGCACCGCCAGCCCUUCAUCCCGCGAGUCGAGUCCACCUGUACCCAUCCAAAACCUUUUCGUCUUCACACUUCUGAGCGAGCACUGAGGCGGCGGCUGUAUGACGAGAGGAAAAGGAUGCGGAUGGACCUGCAAAUGGAGCUCCAGGCCAACGACUGGUUUAAGCGGGAACGAUCUGAGCUUCGAAAGCUUCGCCAGAUGACAAACUUCAAGGCUACUCCCAGUCCCUGGAAGCGGAAAAAAGGCAGCUCUGCAGGUGUUUCGUAGGAACAUAAUUUCCACUAAAACAACUUUGGCAAGUAAUAACCACAGGACAAAGUGCAAGAAACCGAAAAGACCUUUUUGGAGUGUGUUCCAACCCCUUCUAAGAUCUCGGUAAUUAUGCAGAUUCUAUAACACUUUUGGUCGUAAACUUGGAAUAAAGGAGUAUUUUAAUACA